UUCGUAGCCAUAGCGACCGCGAGGUAUUGCGAGGUAUGGCCGAUGGCCGCUCGAUUAAUAGUUUGUUGCGAAUGACAGCUACGCAAGAAGCGAAUACAAAGAAAUGUGCAAGGCUACCGGUCCCAGUGACGCCAUAAAUACGUUCUCUUUAUAACGCUCAAGUUCACUAUGUAUAAUAAGUGACGAGUAAUAAUACGAGUAAAAAUUGUCAAGUAUCUCAAUAGUGAACAUGAAUCGAUACAUAACUUUGAAUCAGUUGGGUGAUGGAACCUUUGGUUCUGUUGUGCUGGGAGAACGUAUUGACACGGGGGAAAAGGUGGCUAUAAAGAGAAUGAAGAGAAAAUAUUACUCUUGGGAAGAAGCUAUGAAUCUGCGAGAAGUAAAGUCAUUGAAGAAACUUAGUCACGCAAACGUCGUGAAACUUAAAGAAGUUAUACGGGAGAAUGAUGUGCUGUAUUUCGUAUUUGAGUACAUGAAAGAAAAUCUCUAUCAACUAAUGAAAGACAGGGAUAAACUUUUUCCCGAACCAGUAAUAAGAAACAUGGUGUAUCAAGUAUUGCAAGGUCUCGCUUUUAUGCACAAACACGGUUUCUUUCAUCGCGACAUGAAGCCAGAAAAUUUAUUAUGCAUGGGUCCCGAGUUAGUAAAGAUUGCUGAUUUCGGGCUAGCGAGAGAAAUUCGAUCGAGACCUCCAUAUACGGAUUACGUAUCAACAAGAUGGUAUCGAGCACCGGAAGUGUUACUACACUCUACGACUUACAACAGUCCGAUUGAUAUUUGGGCGGUCGGCUGUAUAAUGGCUGAAUUAUAUACAUUUAGGCCACUGUUUCCUGGUAAAAGUGAGAUUGACGAAAUAUUUAAAAUUUGUUCUGUAAUUGGAACACCUGAUAAAGAUGAUUGGCUAGAGGGAUACCAAUUGGCUACAGCUAUGAAUUUCAAAUUUCCGAAUUUUACGCGUACGUCGUUGGCUGUGUUAAUACCUAAUGCCAGUCAAGAGGCAGUCAUACUCAUGGAAGACAUGUUACAGUGGAAUCCUAUAAAGAGACCAACGGCGCAACAAUCGCUCAGGUAUCCAUAUUUCCAAGUCGGUGAUCCACAUACCAUUAAUAGUAAAAAAAUUGGAGUCGUAUCUCAACGAGAACUUGUUAUGAACAAAAUAAAUCUUCCACCUCCUGUGCCUAAACAAUAUAAUUAUCCCCAAGAAGACUCCGUCAUUAAUAAUUUUAUUCAAUCGAGAACAUCAGAAAAGAUGCUCGUUGAAUCACAACAGCAGCCAGCGGCCUUACCGUUACUGAAUCAUAAUAAUGAUCAUAAGCAUGAUAGCAACGCCUCUAAAUGGGACGAGGACGAUUUUGCGGAUCUCCUAGGAAGCAAAAUUGUCCCAGAGAAUCCGAGCGCAACACUCAUCUCAGAUCGCGUAUAUAAAGAAAAUCGUGCCAAUUGGAAUGCCAAUUAUCAGCAAUCGGACAGUUUGCAUGGCAAUGCAAAUUGGUCCCUACCAACAUGGAAGGAAUCACCAUCGAGAAUAUGGAAUCAGUCAAAUCAAUCUAAUCAGAUGAAGAACUUACGUAAGGUCUCAGCAAAACAACACUAUCUCAGUGUGGCUCGGUACGUCGCAGGCCAGAGCACAAAUUUGUCAUCCAGAAAUGAGGAUUCUGAUAUCAGCCGAUCUAAACUGCUAUUAAAUGGAUUCAUCGGUCAGGCAACAUCCAACAAAUAUGAAGAUUUUACAGAAUCUUUUUGGGGGCCUAGAAAUAAUAUUGAGAAUCAAACGAGACAACAUUAUCUCGCGCGAAACCGUUAUAUCACCGAACAAAGCUUGAAAUUACCUUAUCCCAGCGUGUAUGGUACCCAAAAUAUUAAAACUACCAAUAAGCCUAUGUUUCAACCAAACUUGUUUGGAAAUGUUUUCAACUCAAAAGCUAGUAAUGGACCUCACAGUCGAACAGAUUGGGCAGCAAAAUACCUCAAAUGACCAUAAUUGUAAAAAGGUUUGUUCUUUUUAAUUCAAUAAUUUCGUCAUCGUGGCCUUAUUUUCUAGGCGAAUUUCAACUGUGAUAGAACGUGUUGUCGUUCCAUUGUGGCAGACAUAAAUAAGAGAAAAAACGCGUUUUUUCUCUACGAUAAGAUUUCACGAAAGUAAAAUCGCACUUUAAUUAUGAAAAGAUAGAGUAUGACAUGUCAAAUGGAAGAAUGGAAUUGUCGCGGUGUUAUUAAACGCAGCAUUUUUAUAUGAUCAAGAGAAGUUCCAGCGACGGUUAUAUAGAUUACUACAAGUCAUCCAUGUUAGUUGAUCAUGUAUGAAAAAAGUUUAAUUUUCUGAAAAACAAAUAAUUUGGAACUCGA